CCUUGACUUCGAUUAAAAAGGUAAACUUCGACCGAACUUCCGGAUGAUAUUGGUGGCCGAUGCAGUUGCAGCUGGAAUAAUACCAUACAUACGGUACGGUCACACGUCCUGACCAGCACUUCGGGAAUGCCGGUGGAACCCCUCCAUUCUUGGGGUUGCGACAGCUGCAGCAUAAUCAGCUUUGGCGACGGAUGAAUGGGAGGGGGCCUUAUGGCCAUGGCAGAUCGGAAGGUCACAUUGCUCGUAGUCCGUUUAGGCAGUUCAGGAAUCCCGAUCGCGUGGUGUCUGGCCAGCCAGCGAACGGACGGCCAUGUGCAACAUACCCCUCUUCCUUCCCAGUUCCUCCUCCAGCUCUCCCCAGCUCCGGGUUGAGCUUCCAUGCAACGCAGCGCCGAGCUCUUAGCUGGAGCUUUCCCUGGGCGUGGCCUAGAGACGGCGCUAGUGGCAAGAUUGGUUUAGCGCGACGCCACUCCAGUUCCUUAUUCCCGUCUGGGUGGGGCUCUCGAAACGGGUGUACCUUAGCAAACGAUGCGCGCGAGGAAAUUUUCGCCUUCUCGAAACAAGUGGCCACCGCCGAUUCCAUGGGAGGCUGGGGCAAUUUGUUGGCCCAUGGCGGAGUGUCUGGACCAUUCCUGCGAUUUUCAGUAAGGCGACACGGAAGAUUCCUAUUCCCCAGGAAAAGGGGCAACUCGUCAACAGGUGAUCUUGACCAGCACAACGGCCGAGAGGAGGUGCCUCGGAAUCACACUAUCGCUGUCCGCCGGAGUGGAGGGGUUGAUGCCCAAGUCCUGUCUUAAGCGAAACAGGGUGCCGUGAAUUCCCGGGCUUAGUUGAGUAGGCCUUGUUUAAUUUUUGACCCGUUGCCCGUGCUGUCUUUGUCCGUUGACCCUCCAGUCAGUAGCCACUAGCCAGUA